AUGGGAGUGGGCAGAGCAGACAAGGAGCAGAAGAAGGGGGAAGGAGCAAAGGGUAAAAGGCCAGGCCGGCAGAAAGGGGGUCCAAUCUGGGGAAGUUCGUCACACACACGAAGCAGGAAAAGGCUUUCUUGCUGCAGCCGGGAACUAGUGACAAUAGGCACCUUUUCUUUUUUGGGUGUUGCACGCGGCAAGAGGUAG